AUGCCUCCCCUUGAUGGUCUCUCCAUUCCCAACCGUAUUACAGAGGCUGACAAGAAAAAAGUGGCGGAUGCUCGGCCUAUUCCGGCACCCGAUAACGAGGGCCUCGAGCUGCUGACCCAGCUGCGCCUGGGUCGGGCCUGGCGCAAUAAUGCACGCAUGGCGAUUAUCCGUGAGGCGCGGAUCAUCAGAAGACAAGCCCGGGAUAUCAGGAUCCAACUCGAGAACAACGGGCAGCCCCCUAGUGCCCAGAUCGUAUGGGGACUCCGCCAGUGGUUGGAGGUCCUCAUUCACAACAUGAGGAUCCUACGGGCCGAAGAGGAGGCUGCCCGUGAGUUGGAAGCCGACAUCUGGAACAGCGUGCAAUAA